GCCUGCUAUGGACUAGAACUAUCGUCACGACGUGUGAAGUCUUUAAUUAAAGUUUAUGCACAUUUUUAUUGCUGGAUUAGUACUACUAUCCUAGUUUUUAUUCUGUUGUGCUUGCAUAGUCUUAUUCUCAUUGCCACUGUGAGGACCACCCUGCAAAGGACAACGAACCCGCGUAAUAUGCGACUCUGUGUACAACUCUCACUAUCUCUAAGUUAACCUAUGUCAGUGUUCAACAUCAUUCCUAUCGCGUUAAAAAUGGCCACCAUUUUUAUCUCUACCUUUACCUUUUUACCACAUGAUCAACAUGAGAUGAGCUAAAGCUCCACCUCUGUGACAUCAUACACCAUCAUGGCAGCACCAUCGGCAAGAGCAGGACCGCGACCCAGCACACCACAUGAUCGGCGAGGACCUCGGAGGGGUUUAAUGUUUCCGCAUAUAGCAAUUUCGCUGGACGGUGGCCGCACUUAGCAACCUCUCACGACCCGGAGUGAGUUGUAGACUCAUAGCGGUCCUCGGCACGCUUGCGUGUUUUGCACGCAGGAGAGCUGUAGCAGGGCCCGGUAAGAACUACUUGCUUAAAACUGUAAUAGAUCCUCAAGCGACUACGACACCAUGGCGGAGCUCGCAGUUGGGGCCGCGGCGGCGGGCGCAACGCUGCAGCAGAUCUGGGGCUACAAUCAGGACUGCUACAACUUCGACAAGACGAUGCAGCAAUCGGCGAUGCACCAGCGGCAGCAGAUGCGUCGGGAGUGGAUAUUUUUGUUCCGCGAUGACAUCAACCAAAUGGUCGACCUAACCAUUCUAUGCAUUGCAAACAUGUAGUCUGGGUCUGGAAACUUGUGAUGCAAGAAAGGGAAUAGUGAACUCACUAUGAUGCGCUGCCAAGCAUGACAAGAGUUUUUCAUGGUUCUGAGUUGCGUACUCCGCAUGACAAACGGCGUUUUUGCAUGACAGGAAGGAAGAGCUCUUCGCGGCCAUGCAACACAGAGUUCAGAGUCAUGCCAGACCAGCAUGACAAGUCUCGCAAUCUCCCAGACCCAGACACUUUUGCAUUUGAUACAUUCUCCGCAUGGACAAUUACAUCCUGACCAACACACUCCAAAUCACGCUGAUCAUGGCGAUUUUGGGCGAGGGGUCUUUACUGCCGUCCGGGGACAUGCCCGCGUUUUCGACCUGGGCCUUCAUGCUGUCUUUUACAGGUACUGGUAUACUGCUUUUAGAACAUAGGUAGUCAUGUCUUCUUUCUAGUAUUCGAUUUCGUGAUGUAGUCCUUUGCUGCUGCUGCUGUGAUGUAGUCGAAGCAGCAUCAUGUGAGAAGUAGGAACAACAAACAGUCGCGAACAUGUAGUCGUAUAUAAAACAAAUUGAAAAAUACUAUCAAAAUCCUUACUCCCAGGCGGCAUCGUGAUGCUGGUGCUGUCCACCUGGAUGGCCAUGCACGCGUCAAUCACGGCGCACAGCUGCGGUCUGUCCCUGCUGCUGCAAUCCCGACAGGUCCGCGACUUGCCCACCGGCACGGAGAUCGACGCGUUUCGCGCAAGGUUGCAGGAUUUCGAGGAAACCGAUGUGAGAAAACAACUGCGGAUCCCCUUCGCGACCCGCCUGAAACAGUUCUUCGGCAACGUCAUGGGUCCUGCUGCAGGUCCGGAGGUGGAGAGUAAGGAAAAUAAAGCGCCGCAAACAGCGGCCGACGGAAGUCGAUUAGUAGACAAAACGACCAGUGCACUGAAAACUGCGUUGACAAAACCGGAAAUCCCGUUUCACUACGAGCCCGACGCGUUGGAGCAUUUCUACAUCAACGAAAGGCUAGAGGAGGCGGAGAGAAAAGACUACUACUUGAACCGCGGAGGUGGCGUGGGCGGACCGGUCAACACUGGGGGCGCAGCAGUUCCGGGCAUGAACAUGAACUAUGGUACAGCGGGUUCAUCUUUGAUGCCUGGUGGAAUGGCGGGAAGUACAAGUCGAAAUAACCCGAGAGCCACGAACCAGGCCGAACUGACCGAGAAGAUGCGUCCGAGACUCCAGAUUCGCACCUCGCACCUGGAUAUCUUCAGGAUCCUGCAAAAACACUGGCAGCACUUCGACGCCUACGCGCGCGUGACUAACGCGCUCGGCACCUACAUGAUGCUGAACGCGAUCGCGUUUUUCCUGCUCACCUACUUGGCGAUUUUCCAGAAGAUGUGGCUGCUCGCGUGGAUGUGCGGCGCACUCUACGCGUUUUUGUCCCGCGCAAUCGCGACGGUGGAUUUGGUUUUGAACCGCUGGGAGUCGUAUUUGUUAACCGUUUUGCAAACCGGCGUGGUGUUCGUGAUCCUCAUGAUCUACACGUGCGCAUUACUCGCGGACCGGAACUCGAUCUGGAACACGAUUUUAAUCCCUCUGUCCGCUUUGUUCCAGUUUUCCUGGCUGACCUUCCUGUUCUACCUGUCGCAGCCGACCUAUGGGAGUGUCAGGAUUGAAAUUUUCAAAGUUGAAAUUAUACAUAGUUUGUCAUGCAUAAAAUGCAGUUGCAGCCCACAAAGUGCCUGUCUUGCAGAGUAGGCAAGUGAGGCAGAUCGUAAGCCUGUUGAGGAGUUGUAGAAACUGAGCUGCUAAAGUAGCAUGACAAAAGGCGUCUUCCUUACCCAAACAGCAUGACAAACUGGAUUUCGGCUCUACCCAAAUUUGUCAUGCGUCACUUGGAGUCUGCGUUACAACUUUCAUCCAUUUUAUGCAAUACAAAUUAUUUCAUUUUCAACUUUGUCGAUUUCAAUCCUGACACAUCCAUACGACCAACGCAAUCGAGUCCCCGCACGGGCACUUGCCUGAAAAGUUCCGGCAGAUCCUGUACAUUGACUGUCUCGCUUGGAUAUCGAAUGCAAAUAUGUCUGGGUCUGGAAGGUCGGAACUUGUAAUGCGUCUCUUGCAUUCCUGGAAAAUGAAAAUCUGUGUUGCAUGAGCAGCAAUAGAUGAGCUGCUUGCCUUGUUUUGCAAGAAGACAAUUUGUCAUGCGCGUCAUGCAGCAGAAAGCGAAAGUUUGUCAUGCUUGGCUGCCAUUGCAAGAAGCGUUACAGCCAUGCGCAAUGCAGCAUCACAGGUUUCCAGACGCAGACAUAUUUGCAUUCCAUAUUGGAAACGGCUGGACGACACGAUUCUGCGGCGGCGAGGGGCCGCUGGUGGUAAUUACGGCUCAUCUUCAACCGGCGCGUCCUCUUCCGAGGCGGACGGUAGAAGUAAUGCGCGAUUGAGCAUCGGAUCAUCAUCAUCAUCAUCCGCAGCAACAACCGCAAAGAACCUGUCCCCCCAGGAGAGGUUAAGAGAGGAGCGGAAGCUGAGGAUCCAGCAGGCGGUCACGCUGAGGGCAAACAAAAAACUCUUCGAGGACCAGGAGGCAGCGCUGCUUUUCCAGCAGAAUUUCCGAGGUGACGAAAUGUUGAAUCUCCAGCCUUCCAGCUACGGGGGUGUCGUCGUGAAAGAUCGGACGGUAAAUGUGGACUUGAAAAUGAAUUUGAAGGAUGAACAAACGGGGAAAGCGCUUCCUGUGAACGAGAAGGAAAAUGAAGACAUGCGUCGCGGCGCUGGCGGUCAUGGCGCAACAAGACCUUCUUCUCCAAGUACUUCUAAACAAGUCGACCGGAGACAGAUUCUGAUCCACACGCAGGCGGACCUUUUCGCCGGCGAUUUUCUGGAGGUGAUGGACCACGCGUGCGAGUUAGAGGCCUAUCUAGACACCUGGAUGGCGAAGCAGGCGGAAAUCAGAAGGAAAGUUGGGGGUCUUGCGGAACAAGCUGCUGGUCCCGAUAGAAAGGACGACGCCAGCAUCGAAGGUACAACUACCUCCACGCUGCGCAACCGACGAAAUCAUGGAGGAAAGGAAAUAAACGAACAGAUGAGCACGGUGGAACAACAGGCGAAUUAUCGCAGUACGAACGCUACCAACCUGAGGAACAGUACCAGCAUGGAAAGUGAACAAAAUUACUUCGUUUACCCAGAGCAACGGUUUCUUCCGUCCGCUGAGGAAACCGACGCUUUGCUGACUUCCUCCUCCUAUCCUGAGUAAAAACGUACCCACACCAGAGUCAAGAUGGCAAAUCUGCUAGACAAAUCAGCCAGCUUUGGUCGUUUGGCAUAACAAGUUCGUCUUCGUAGUGUAAUCCUGUUUAGGUAGUUCAGCAGCGUCACAGAUCUAGUAUAUCAUGCUGAUUGUAGCAUCACAAAUUUCAAAACACGACUAGACAAUGCCUCUCAUGGCGCUCCGCAUGACAAACCUUUUUGGCAUGCAGAUUUGCAUGACAACUCUGGUGUGGGUACGUUUUUACUCAGGAUACCUCCUCCAGCAUGCCACCUCCACCGGUCAAUAUUAUGCGAAAAAGCAGAAACAAGUUUCACGACGAAGCUCUUUCGCUCCUUUCCAACGCAUAUCAAAUGUAAAAAUGUCUGGGUCUGGAAAAUUGGAACUUGUAAUGCGUGUCCUGCACUCCUGGAAAAUCUGUGUUGCAUGAGCAGCAAAACAGAGGCUUUCUUUGUCAUGCGAAAACGCAAUUUGUAAUGCGUGCUAGGCAUCAGCAGACCUCUCAAAAACUUGUCGUGCUUGGCUGCCAUUGGAAGCGCUUCAAUCAUGCGCAAUUCAGCAUCACAAGUUUCCAGACCCAGACAUUUUUACAUUUGAUAACGCACAGAACACGGUCGCGAGUUUCGGGACGGCUAGCAGGCGAAACAGUGUGAUGUCCUCGAACUCUGCCGCUUUGGAGAGGCAGACAAGUCUCCAACCCAUCCCGAUUGAUUUCGCGAGUUUCAAGGACAAAAUGGACAACACGUUCCGACCGAAAAUUCUCGAACUGCUCCAGAAAGCUAUCAAAUGCAAAAAUGUCUGGGUCUGGGAGAAUCUAACUUGUCAUGCUAAAUCUGCAUCAUUCAAAAAUCUGUGUUGCAUGAUUACCAAAAGCUGGCCACUUUUGACCUAAUCGUGAGGCAGUUUCUCAUGCAGGAUAGGCAUGAUAGAACUCUCACAGCAGGAUCUGUCAUGCUAUGUCCUACAUACCAGACCUCAUGGGUCAUGCAAAACCUGCAUGACAAGUCUGCAUUCUUCCAGACCCAGACAUUUUUACAUUUGAUAAAAGCGAACUUGAACCCGGAAACAACUUUCCAGCAGGUGAGGCAGAAGAAGCAACACGUCGUAUCUUGUGUAAAAACGCCCCCACCCCAUAGUCAAGAUGGGGAAUCGGCUAGACAAAUCCACAAGUUUUGGCUGUUUCGCAUGACAAAUUUGGACUCUUAGCGUGCUGCUGUUUGAGCUAGUUUAGCAGCAUCACAGAUCUAGUCUGCCAUGCUGGUUCUAGCAUCACAAAUUCCAAAACGCGACUAGAUAAUGCUUCUCAUGGGGCUCCGCAUGAGACACAUUUUCAGCAUGCAGAUUUGCAUCACAACUAUGGGGUGGGGACGUUUUUGAAUACGAUACGUCGCGAAGUGGGUGCAAAUCCCGGAUUACGAUAACAACACUGGUCUCUACAUGCCCUGCUACGUCUACUACGACCGGAAGGUGGUGAAAUACUCGGUUCCCGAUACGGUCUUCAUGCGGUCCAACUUUUUAGAACACGGGUUUGAAGUGUUGGAAGAGAAUUUGAGGAAACUGGAGGACAAUUUAGACGAGCUGCUCGCGGUUGGAGAUAGUGCAACAACCGAUGUAGCUGGUACAGUGGGCACAGGAAUGAUGAACAAGAAAGUCGUGCAAUUUGAUAGUCCAAAUGGCAAAAAGAACAAUAGUAAAGAAGAGCCAUCAUCUUCUUCUUCCGCACUGCCAGAUGAAAGUUCCGCUUCGAUAUCAAGACCAUCGAACAAGAACCGGGGUCCGAAGAAGCGGAACCUGAUCGACCGACUGGGUGCCUGGCUGAGUGAGAAGAAGUAUCAACUGUAAAAAUGUCUGGGUCUGGAAAGUUGGAACUUGUGAUGCUAACUUAGGACUCUAAAAAAAUGUGUAUUGCAUGACCAGCAAGAGGAGCCAUAUUUGUGCUACGCGAGGAGGGCAUUUGUCAUGCGGAAAUGGCAUCAGGAAGCUUUCCAAAAAUCUGUGAUGCUGGGUCAUGCAUUACAAGCAUCAUGGGUCAUGCCAGACAAGCAUGACAAGCCUUCCAUUCUUCCAGAGCCAGACAUUUUUACAUUUGAUAAGAAGGCGUUGUAUGAAACGCCGCACGUGAUUCAGGAGAUCGAAACCUUAGAAGCCACGGCGACCGAGGCGAACUACCUGCCGCAGGUGCUGUUCAACCGAGUGAUGAUCAGUCUAUUGAUCUCCUGGCUGGUCUAUCAAAUGUAAAAAUGUCUGGGUCUGGAAGAAUGCAAGUUUGUCAUGCUUGUCUGGCAUGACUCUUAAAUCUGUCAUGCACGUUACUCAAGAGCCCCACUUUUCUGUCAUGCAAAAACGCAGUUUGUCAUGCAGAAUAGGCAUCAUAUAGAAGCGCAGAAACUUGUCAUGCUGAGCCAGCACUUGUGGCCUCCUCAUGAUACGCCGCCCAGCAUCACAAGUUUCCAGACCCAGACAUUUUUACAUUUGAUAUGGUCGCGCUCGUCACCUUGUCCAUGCAAGAAUACGACGCGUACUAUAUCCUGAGUAAAAACGUACCCACACCAGAGUCAGGAUGAGGAUUUUGCAACACAAACCUAGGAGUUUUGUGAGUCACGCAUGACAAGUUGCACUAUGCAGUGUAGUGCAGGUUAGAAAGUGCAGCCGCGUCACAGAUUCAUCUGCUCAUCCUGUUCACAGCAUCACAAAUUCCAAAACACGACUGGAAAUGGCUCUCAUGGGGAUGCGCAUUACAAGUCUUCCUGUCUUUGCAAAUCUGCAUCACAACUCUGGUGUGGGUACGUUUUUACUCAGGAUAUACUACAAAUUUCUCCGCGUCCCCGGGUUCAAAGUCCAUCUCCAAGCGCCCACGUCCAGCAGUGGCAGCAUCGUGCAAGAAAGCAGGGCGGCCGCAGCCAGAAAUGAAGCGAGCACGGUGAAUUCCUUUGUGCAGAUAGGCCAACAGCAGGUACAACAUCAAGACAGGAGAGAAAGGACGGAAAUUUUGACCACGCAGCAGUACCUGCAACAGGCUGGCACGGUGGUGACGAAUUUCAAGCAGGCUGGGGGCGCGGGCUGGAAUUACGAUAGCAGCAACGCCUAUCAAAUGUAAGAAUGUGUGGGUCUGGGAACUUGUGAUGCUGCGUAGCGUCUCAUGAUGAGGCUACAAAUGCUGGCUCAGCAUGACAAGUUUCUGAGCUCCUAGGUGUUGCCUAUUCUGCAUGACAAACUGCGCUUCUGCAUCACAGAAAAACGCAGCGCUUGGGUAACGUGCAUGACAGAUUUAAGAGUCAUGCCAGACAAGCAUGACAAACAUGAAUUCUUCCAGACCCAGACAUUUUUACAGUUGAUAACGCCUUCAAGACCGGGGAAAUUGCGAGGAUAGCGUGCAACGAGAAGUGCGGCGUGGAUAAAAUCGUGUACGCGACGGAGUUUGACUUGCUGAAUUUCAACGAAGCGAGCCAACCCGGGAACGAGUGCGCGCGCGAGAUGCAGGACUUGAUCGUUUCGGAGAUCGAGAAUCAAAUGAAUCGGGGAAGUAGUAGUAGUAGUGCUGACACCUCUUCCUCCUCUCCCGGUAGUACCGACGACGAUUCCGAGGAAGAUUUGCAGCCCUGGCUGGCGAACGGUUACAAGGAGGAGGAAAAUUUCCGGGACAUCAUAGACAUUGCGAUGGACAACAACUGCAAUCCGGUGGUCUUGUUGCAAUCUUCCAUAGUUCGGUGCAAAGCAAAGGAACCAGCACAGCCACCAGAAAUAAAUGGGCAGCUGCAAGAUUCAUCGUUACUGCAGCGACAGCAACAGCAACAGCCUGUCACCCAGCACGUCCGGACGGCGGUGAACCGGCCCGGCGGAGGCCCGUCCACUCCGCCGCCCUCGCCGAUGAAUACGGGCGGAAUAUUAAAUUCGCAAGGUCUCAUACCACCAGAAGAUCAUCUUCAGGGUAGUGGUACUGCUACUAGUUCUACGUUUCUCUCGUCCCAGGAACAACAACAUCAACAGCAAGCGCAGAAUGCAGCCGUUCAGGAUCCUUCACCAACAUCAGAACUACAACCGGGCUUCGAAGCUGAGAUUGUGAAGAUCGUCGGUCAGUGGGAGGGCCAGGCGUUGCAGCCUCGGUCACUGUAUGUGAAUCCGGACACGAACGACGUGAUAUUGUAUCAACUGUAGAAGUGUCUGGGUCUGGAAGAAUGCAAGUUUGUCAUGCUUGUCUGGCAUGACUCGAGAAUCUGUGUUGCAUAGGCACGAAAAAGCCAGCUUACCUGUCAUGCAAAAACGCAGUUUGCCAUGCGGAAUACGUAAGACAUGGCGGCCAAAAAAUUUGUCAUGCGUCGCUGCUCAUUGCUGUGCGUCUACCAUUCAUUUUUAGCAUUACAAGUUUCCAGACCCAGACACUUUUGCAUUUGAUAUAUUGGGCGUCGACCACAAGUCGAAACCGACACUGCUGCUGUAUGGUUAGAAAAAAGUGUUACAGUUACACAUUGUGUUGCAGGCCAAGCAAGACAGACAAGCUCUGUCAUGUCGGAUAAGCAUAGGAGCUUCGUUUCAUAGGCGUUUUCCCUUAGGAUUUCUGCAUUACAAGUUUUCUCUCUCAUGCAGAGAAAUUUGUGUUGCUGCAUUGACAACAGAUGUGUAACUGUAACACUUUUUUCGUGGGAUAUGCUGAUGGUCACGGUCAGUACGAAAAAGAAGAGAAAUAGACGAUGGAAUGGUAAUAGCGCGGCGGUGGAUCAUCAUUCCGAUCCCUCCCAGUCCGGGGAAAUAAACGGCCAAAUUAUAGAGCGGAAGUUUCUGCGCCCCACCGCGGAGGUGUUUUACAAUCUCGCCGAGAAAUUCCAGUCCUACGACCAAUACUGGCAGGACCCGAACCGCGUCCAGAUUCACCAAGACCACGACGCGCGCAUUCCUAUGGUGCCCCACGUCUUUUUCCUGCGCAAAAACCCGAAAUUCAAAGGACCAGAGACCUGUUCUGAAAACGCCCCGGCCUGGCUCUGCUACUACGAAAAGUCGGUUGCUGCGCCGUCGGCGGCGCAGCAAAAUGAUCCCGUUACUUCUCCCCCAUUGGUACGGCCGGAACUAGACGAUAGCGACCAGGAGCCGCAGUUCCGCUACAUGGUCCACGUGGUCACCCAGUUGCAGUACGGGCUGACCUACAAGGGCGGAAAGAGUGACGUGAGCAUUACGCCGAACGUGAACCUCGUGAACGCGUGUUUUCUGAACGAAAAAGAACUCUUCGGGAUCAGCAGCAAUCGCGCACUGGUCUCCUACGAAUUUGCCUCCAUUUUCCAGGCGGAAUAGGGGGGAACGGGAAGAGAAGUCGACGAGUGAAAGCAUCCCCUCACUCUCAAUAAUUUUCUGCUCUUUUCGAGAAGGAAGUUGCUUGUCGUUUUUCGCUUGUGUAACUGAAUCUCGUCCAGUUCGAAAUCAGGAUCACAAGACUAGGUCUGCAACAACUCACAGGACGAGAAAAGACGAGUACACGACCCUUGACGACAGAUGUGCUUACCACUUUUCUAGGGAAUACAGGCGACAAUUGUUGUGCGAUGUUGAGAUCAGGAAGAAUUUUUUUUUCUUACUUCUACUUGCAACAGCCCCAAGAAAAAUCCACAUUCGCGGACGCCUAGAGUGAAGUGUCUAUGUUACCAUGCGGCACGAAUUCAUGCGUGUUCAUCUUCUUCCCACUACUAGCUGUA